UCUAUAGAAGGAUGGGUGGAUUAACUUCUCCCUUCUCCACCACACUGUAGGUGUGUCCUGACUGUGUCUGUGUAUAAAACCUCACACAUCCACCGCCCCAGGAGAAUCCAGGGAGUCAGAAGGAGGAGGAGGCUGUGUGUGGCCGACAGAGAGGGAAAGAAAGGGAGAUGCUGUCAGUGUCACAGAGACUGUGCGUCUUGGAUGUCCUAGUUGGAAGAGCAUAAACUCUUGCACAUCACAGCAUGACCUCAUCAGUGGAGUAACUGUGGGACAUACAUUCCGCUGCGCCUCUGCGCGACGACAGCAAAGAUGGAGCGGCGCGUCCCCGGGAGGUGCGCACUUCUGUUCCUGCAUCUCCUGACCCUAAUCUGGCACCAAACAACGCGCUGCGCGGCAGCCAAGGAGCUGAAGUGCCAGGAGAUCACUGUGCCCUUGUGCAAGGGAAUUGGUUACAACUCCACCUACAUGCCCAAUCAAUUUAACCACGACACGCAGGACGAGGCUGGUCUGGAGGUGCACCAGUUUUGGCCCCUUGUGGAGAUAAAGUGCUCGGCGGACUUGCGCUUCUUCCUGUGCAGCAUGUACACGCCGAUCUGCCUGGAGGACUACAAGAAACCACUGCCCCCGUGCAGGAGCGUGUGUGAGCGCGCCAAGGCGGGCUGUGCGCCUCUGAUGCGGCAAUACGGCUUUCCUUGGCCGGAUCGGAUGAGGUGCGACCUGCUGCCCGAGCAGGGCGACCGGGAUACCCUGUGCAUGGACUACAACAGGAGCCAGUCCACUGCUGCGUCACCGACAAAUCGACCCCUGAAGCCGUUCAACACAAGGAGAAAAAGCGGUUACGGCCGCGGCCUCCCUGGUCAGAACAAACCGGCGGCCCCCUCUCAGUGUGAGCCGGGCUGCUUCUGUCGUGAGCCCAUGGUCCGGGUGACCAGUGACGCGCACCCGCUGCGCAACCGCGUGAAGACGGGCCAGAUCCUGAACUGUGCCAUGCCGUGCCACAACCCCUACUUUACGCAGGAGGAGAGGACGUUCACUGCGUUAUGGAUCGGCCUCUGGUCCCUGCUGUGCUUCAUCUCCACCUUCGCUACAGUGGCGACAUUUCUCAUCGACAUGGACAGGUUUAAAUACCCGGAGCGGCCCAUCAUCUUCCUCUCUGCGUGUUACAUGUUCGUGUCGGUCGGAUACAUCGUCAGGCUGAUCGCCGGGCACCAGGAGGUGGCGUGCAACGGCGCGGGGCACAUCCACUACGAAACCACGGGUCCGGCACUCUGCACCAUCGUCUUCCUGCUCAUCUACUUCUUCGGCAUGGCCAGCUCCAUCUGGUGGGUGAUCCUGUCCCUCACCUGGUUCCUGGCCGCUGGUAUGAAGUGGGGAAACGAAGCCAUCGCCAGUUACGCGCAGUACUUUCACCUGGCCGCUUGGCUCAUCCCCAGCAUGAAGUCCAUAGCAGCUUUGGCUCUAAGUUCCGUCGACGGCGACUCUGUGGCCGGGAUAUGCUACGUGGGGAACCAGAACCUGGACAACCUGCGUGGUUUUGUCCUGGCACCUCUGGUCCUCUACCUGUUCAUUGGCACCAUGUUCCUGCUGGCCGGCUUCGUGUCGCUCUUCAGGAUCAGGAGCGUCAUCAUCAAACAAGGUGGCACCAAGACUGACAAACUGGAGAGGCUCAUGAUCCGAAUCGGCAUCUUCACAGUGCUGUACACGGUCCCGGCCACGGUCAUAGUGGCGUGUUACUUCUACGAGCAACACAACCGGCAGAUGUGGGAAAUUACGCACAACUGCACGUGCGAGACGGACACGAGCCGCCAGAAACCGGACUACGCCGUGUUCAUGCUCAAGUACUUAAUGUGUCUCCUGGUUGGGAUCACAUCAGGGGCAUGGAUCUGGUCCGGGAAGACGGUGGAGUCCUGGAGGAACUUUUCCACACGGUGCUGUUGGAGCAACAAAACCUCAGUGGGAUCCAUGUACAGCGACGUAAACACUGGACUGACCUGGAGGUCCGGCACCGGGAGCUCGGUGUCCUUCCCUAAGCAGAUGCCACUGUCAAGGGUUUGAUCAUCCACACUGUAAAACACACGAAAGUAUUUAAAUUUUGGUCAAUCUUGCAGAAACUAUUGUGGAGUUUUGUGUCAUUGUUAAAUAAGUUAUGACGCGUUUUAAUAAUCCGAGAUUUACUAUGAAAUAUAUAUGGUCGUAAAUACAUGUGUGCGGACUAUACUAGAUAAAAUAUAUGUAAAACAUGUAUUUUCCUAUGUCAACUAUAAUGUGCUUCUCAAAGAGUAUGUUAAUAUAAACAGUUUCUACAAGGCACAUUACAGUACAUACAGAAAUAUAUAUGUGUACUGUAUAUUUGAAGUAUAAUAACUAUAUCAAUAUAAAUACUAUUACUAUAUACAUUACUAGUACUAUUUAUACUAUAUAUUGCAUAUACAUUUAUUUAUUUAUAUAUAUUUAUACAGAUCCAUUAAGACACAUUUAAUCUUGUCAUUAUCAAAAUGCGACCUAACUUAUGUUAUGACACAAAACUGCCUCAAUAUAUUUGUAGUUAUAUUCCGAGCCUGCUGUUAAAACAUCAUUAUUGUUAACCAUCACUUUCCUGGUAUAAGUUAGUGGAGACAAUGUCUUCAGGUGAUUCGAACCUCUACUUCCAUAUUAACAUCUGUAUGAACUACUAAAACACCAGUCGUCUGUCUGUAAACCUGAAAAACUGACUUUUUACAAACCCGCGUUCACUCAUUAAAAUGACGUCAUUAACACUGCCUCACACAUGGGUCACACACGAGUGUAACAAACUGUAUUUAUAUAAAUAUUGGUUUAUAGAAAUGUGUAAAUGUUUACAUUGAUUUUUUUACACAAUUGUAAAUAUUGUAUGUAUCAACUGAUUUUGACUGAAAGUUUUUUUUUU